AUGAUUCCAAAAAAUAAAUUAACGGAUAUAUGUGCAACCCUCACAUUAGAAAAAGCUAAAGAAAACCUUGCAAACGAACGUAAAUUCGUUGAAGAGAAAAGACAGCAUGUAGAUAAUGGACUCCAUGGACAAUGGAUGGAUGAACAGAAGGACGUAAAGAGUUCAUCUUUAACAAAUGAAAAUAGUGAUGAGGAGGAAAUAAGGAAAUGGAGGGAAAAAAGAUUAACACAACUUAAGAAAAAACAGGAAUUAAAAAAAGAUGGUGUUUAUAUCGAAAUAAGUGAAAAAGAGUUUAUACCAACCGUUCUUAAAAAUUACAAUGUGGUUUGUCAUUUUUAUGACAGCAGUUUCAAGCGCUGCAAUAUUUUACAUACCCAUUUAAUUAAACUAGCCAACAUACAUUUAGCGACUAAAUUUAUUAAAGUAGAAGCUAAUAACUGCCAAUUCUUUAUGAACAAGUUAAAUAUUAAGAUUCUUCCCAGCUUGUGUUUAUUUAUCGAAGGGGUUCUCAUUAAAACCUGCAUUGGUUUUGAAGACUUUGGAAACAAAGAUAACUUUAAAACAAAGGACUUAGAAGGAUUUUUAUUUAAAAACAAACUUAUUAACAAUAUGGAGUACAACGAAAGUGAUGAAGACGUUUAA